AUGUGGUUUUACAUUCAGCCAACAGAAUAUGAUUCACCGGAAGACCCUGAAAAGUCCGGUAAACCGAAUAAUUCGCAGGAAUCUGCAACCAAAAAGGAUUUUUUCCUUGUAUUCCGGGCGAAAGUAUCCCAGGCGGCUGGAAUAUUGAAGAAAAAAUGCUCCAGAACCGCCACAAAAGAUGUCAGGAAUGUGAAAAUUGGAGAUUUUGAUGGAUCCAAUCGAUCACAUGACAGCAAGGGCUUAAGGUUUUUGACUACAAAAUCUCGCGGAAGAAGUAAAUGCUCCAUGAUAGGAAGGUGCGGGAGCAGUAACAAUAAAACCGACUUUCAAAGUUCAGACAUCAUUUUGAUCGAUCAGGAGUAUUCUGUCAAUCGUAAUGAUGCGAUUCCAACGAUGGUAAACAAAGAAAGUAAGUUCACAAGUAGUGACGUUAAGAAACAAAGUUUUCAAGUAGAUACAAGUGCGAAGAACAUUGGUGAAAAGUCACCCAAGUCUUAUAGGAAUAACUUUCAAGAUACUCGAAGGUUAUUUCGAAAUAGUAAAGCAGGGAUACAUCGAAGUCGUGGCCGAGAUCAAACUAAUAUAAACAGCAAACAAUUUGAAGUUGACCCGUCAGCGUAUUUAGACAAAAGUAGCGGCGAGAAAAAAAAUGUAUUUACGCAGACUACUCUUAAUGUUGCUGCCAUAAAAGAUGUGCAGACAAGAAUUAGUGACGCUAUUCAUAAAAAUAGAUUAAUGCAAAAUAAUGAAUAUACUGCAUUUAGAGAAGACACGGAGCUCCCGGAAUCCCCAUCGUCGUUACAGAAUUCUUUUCGGGAAGUCAACCAAGUUCGAAAAGAAUAUGAUGCGCAACUCGUUUCUCAUCUUGAGAGACAGGUGGAAUUAGACGCAAAUUUAGAGUUUUCAGUCAAGACGAUCAAAGAAGAUAUGGCGGGAAUUAAUACUAGUGGAAAAUUUGGAUUCCGCACCGACGAAAAUGAAAGAAAUGAUAAUGUCGUGGCUGAAACAGUUUUCGAUAUACCCAAUGCUACUAAAGAAGUCAUAACUUUCUCAUCUCUGGAAGCUGACGUUGAAUUUUCGUCGCGGCAGAGGAUUGCGAGAGAUUUUGAAAUUCUAAAACUUUUGGAGAAAAAGCAUAGAGUAGACCAAGAAACUGAAGAAAGCAUUAAACAGGCAUUAGAAGUUUUGAAAUUUCAAUCAAAAUCAAGGGUUGGAUGUACACGAAAACUAAAAUCGCCAAAAAGAAUGGAGGAAGAGGUUGAUGAUGUUCACAAAAAGUUUCAAUACCUGGAUUCUUGGCGAAGUUCUAUGGUUGAGAGACUGGAAGACUUGAAAGCUAAUUUCGACGAAUUGGAAGACCUCAUAACAAAUGGUCGCCAAUGGGAGUAG